AUGGUCGGAGUUGCCACGGGAUGUUAUCCAUUCGAUCUCCUUGCAAAUCGACAAUCCUUUUUGUUUGAUCCACUUUCGGUCAGUUUGUUCCUCUUGGCGAUCAGUAUCCUCAAAUUCCGACCAAUGGCACCGCUUAAAUGCCCAGUACUUCCCCUUUCAGGCCGUUAUCUUGGUGAUUGCCAUAUCUUGAACAGCCGUGUUUACCUCCUCAAGUCUCCUAAUAGCAGCCCUACACCCAAAUACUGGUUGUUUAAACUAGGCGAGAGCAAGAAUGGAAAAAUUGUUCUAUAUAGUUUGUUCUUAGGAAGAAACUUUUUUGAGUACGAAUGCUUGUAUACAAGUCGUCUUUCACUUAACUUGCUCGACUGUCAAAUCUUCGUGAUAGCGCAAGAACACAUGGCCUGUUUCAGUGAAUGGAUUGAAGGAUUCGACUCCAUCAUUGACUGGGAAGUACCUAUCGCCUCUAUGGGUUUACACGGAAAUAACAACAAGUUUGCUAUUCUUGGGAAGCUCUCAUUUGAGGGUCUCGCCAUGUAUAGGUCAGUCGACGAGUGUUGGACUGAGCUUGAGAUAAAAAUUGUUCCAUAUCGCCAAGGAAAAGCUUCAUAUAAAGGUAAGUUCUAUGCCAUAAAUCGCACCGGGAGAACAAUAGUGGUAGAGCCAACAACACUAGAAGUGACAACCUUUCAGCAGUCAAGGCCUUGUGAUGAAAAGAUAGGGGGACGUUGGCUUUUAAAGUCAGCGGACAAGCUCCUUCUUGUGGAGAUGUACAUAGAAAAAAGAUACGCUUUGGACGAGGACAAGGACAAGAUAUGGUUUGAAGUCUCAAAACUAGAUGAAAAGAGAAACGAAUGGCAUCAAGUUGAAGAUGUAGACGAUCACGUGUUGUUUUUGGACAAUGAUUGCCCCUUCUCGUGCUUAGCUACUGAGAUUCCGGGGUUUAGGGCCAACUCUAUAGUCUUCUUGGACACGGGGGGAACAUCUGACUUACCUCCAGAUGAAAGAAUUCUUGUGUUUGAAUUCAGUGAGCAUGGCGUUAGAUCUUUAAUAGAUAUACCUGGGUAUAUUGAUCUGUUUCGAACUCCCCCAGGUUGGGUAAUCUCCAACGAAUGA